UUCUUUGCAUUGAGCCCACACUGUAGUUUGCAUUAGCGAACGCUUUCAUGCAUUAACCGUUGGCACUGUGUAGUUUCUCAUUCAUUUGGAAGGAAGAACCAUCUUCGCACACGAAGCUGAACACUGUCAGAGGCAUCCGCAUCCAAGCCGUACCAGGGAGUGAGAGUCAAGGACCCUGUGAAGGAGCUGUUGCGGAGAAAAAGAGGAAAUGCUGCGAGAACGACACCCCCCGCCGCAGUAGGAACUAGGGCACACGUGUGAUGGUUCCCAGCUCUCUGCCAUCAUACGCACAUGCAGGGUCUUCCAGCUUUGUAGAAGGCAACCAGAGCUGCUUAAAUGAUUCAUUAGUGGAUGUAGGUGGGCUCUGCACAGGAUGGAUUGCCCAGACCACCAGCACAACUGCCCUACAGCCUCUGAGUCACUGGACUCCUCCAGACCAACAGCACGACCCUGUCAUCCCAUGUCCUCACACAGACAUGUAUGUCCAGCCGAUCUGUCCCAGUUACACGGUGGUGGGCCCUUCCCCUGUGCUGACCUUUACACACACACCUCUCUUCACUAACCUUGCGACCAUGAGCACUUCUAGCUCAUCCCUGCCUCAGGUGGAGGUCCCAGACUCGUCCUUGACGUACAUUCCUUGGGCUCAGCCUUUAUCCACCAUCUCCGGCUCCGUCGUGCAAGCCCCCUCAAUGCCAGCGGCCCUGACGGGCCCCCAGCUCUUCCCAGUGCCUCUGACCUUGCCAGUAAUCUCUCCAGAACCUGAGCCUCAGCAGGUGGAGACUCCCCAGGCCCCUGAGGGCACUCUGGCCCUUGAGAAACUGCUGGAAGAAGAUGAGGGCCAAAAAGAACCCUAUAUUUGCAACUCCUCGUUGUUUUCAGAAGAUAUUUAAAAUAUCCGUCUUAACUCUUUUUUGCAGCUUCUUUAAUAGAUACAGAAGCAUUUAGUACAGCAUUGAGUGAAAAAACGACUGUGCAUUUUUAAAAGUAAAGGUUCCAAUAGAACAACCAUUUUUGGUUAAAGUUUUUUUUUUAAAUAAAGAUUUCAGUGAACAAUUCCUAAAAUACCCAUUUUAAAAAUCUAUUGAACCUUUAUCAACUAUAAAAAACAAAGUUUCCAUUGAUGUUCAAGGUUCUUCAUUGAUACCAAUAAAGGAACUUUCUAUUUAAGAUUGUGGAGGGAUACAUUCCUAAAAAUGAAAGGUUCUUCAUUGGCAUUAAUGGUUCUAUUAAGAACUUGGAGCCUUUCCAGUCUAGAGGAGGUUCUUUAUACUAGAAAAAAGUUCUAAAAUGAAAGCAUCUUCGGAGAACUAAAAAGGGUUCUUCUGCAGUGGAUUUUCUGCAGCUCUUUUGGAACCUUUAUUUUUAAGUUCAGUCAAUUCAAGUCAUCUUUAUUUAUAGAGCUUUACACAAUGGAGGUUGUAUUAAAACAGCUUCACAGUAUUAAUCAGGAAACAGAACCAAGAGAAUCAAAGAUUCAAACAUCAUUGUCAGAUACAAUCAAAAAUUAUGUUUUAAAGCUCUAAAAAAACAACAACAGUGUCAUAUUUAUCUCCGGUCAGUUUUGAUUCGGUACAGUUCAUAAAUUGUCAAGUUCAGCAAUCAUGAAACAAGUUAAAUUGAGCAACAAACAAAAAAAAAAGCUGAAUCAAUUUGAGCCAGUUUAGUGUUGAUACAAUUGAGUUCUAGAACUGUGUCAAUGUUGCAAAGUGAAGCAGCUCUUGAGGACAAUCGUAUCAUUAUUCAGCUCAAUUAUUCAAAGACGUUUUGUUAACUGAAUUAUUGAGAGAGUAGAUUAACGUUCAUUUUAGCUCGAUUGUGUAGCUUCAAGAAAAAAACCUGUUUACGGUGGCUAAAAUGCUAACAUUUACAGAGUGCUGUUCUUUACGGUUCAUGUCAGUUAGAAUUAGAAAGCCAGAAGUUUUCUGAAAGUUGGAGAAAUCCCCUAGAGAUGUUAUCAUGUUAUCAUUUUAUCAUUUUAACCUGCAGGCUUAGUUGUCUCUCAAGUUAACACCUUUCCUAAUGAGAUGUUUAAAUAAUGCUCUGCUCUGCGCACACUCUACCAUCAAAUCUGCUUCUUUAGAGCAUCUGUACAUCACAUCUCCUAUUCAAACGGGUACAACAAUAAAGAGAACGUGCAUUUGCAAAUGUUCUAGUUUGUACGAUUUGUUUUGUCAUGGUGUGAAUGAUUGUGAAAUGUGACUUGAUGCUUUAUAAUAGCUUUCAUAUGGUUCCACGGACUGGCUGCCAAAAAAAAAUGUUGUGUUGCCAACAAUAACUAUGUUUCAGCGCAAAAACCCUGCAACAGGCAAAGACAAUAAAUCAGGAUCACAGCAAACCUUUGAAGAAAACAAAGCUAAUCGUAUAUUAUUCAUAAACAGUUGGGACAUUACAUCUGUCCAAAGACUGAUUAAGAUUACAUAGAUCAUUUUUAUGGGAGUCUGGCUGUUAAAAUGAUGACAUUGAAAGUCACUCGAAUGAAGGUUUGUUCAUUUCGAUGAAUGAGAUCCCGUCUGUAAUGCAUGGGUGACUAAACUGACAAAACACAAAUGUUAUCACAUAAAGAUAGACAAUGAACAGAAGAAAACAAAGAAUUUAAAUA